AUGCUGCCGGAUCGUACGCUAGCAUUUUCGGGGGAAUCGUGCGCCAGUGGGAAGCUCAGCAAGGAGCGUAUAACAGUGAUGGUUGGUGCCAACGCCACCGGAACGGAAAAACUGCCUCUUCUCGUUAUUGGGAAGGCCAGAAAUCCGAGGUGUUUUAAGGCUGUGAGAACCCUCCCUGUGGAAUACGACAGCAACUCCAAGGCGUGGAUCACGCAAUCAUUGUUUGAAAGAUACAUACGCAAACUUGACCGCAAGUUUGCGCGGCAGAACAGAAAGGUCAUCUUUUUUGUGGACAACUGUGGCGCGCACGGUAGCGUGCCGAACCUUGAGGCCAUUCGGCUGGAAUUUUUACCGCCUAACACCACAAGCGUGCUCCAGCCAAUGGAUCAAGGCGUGAUCAGAAACAUCAAGGCACACUACCGUGCCCGCCUGCUCAGCCGCACCGUCUUGUGCCUCGACAGCGGGAAGGUGUACAAGGUCGACCUUCUGGCCGCCAUCCACAUGUUAGCCGAUGCAUGGAAAGCGGUGAAGCCAGAAACCAUCGCGCAUUGCUUUAGGCAUGCAGGGUUCGCUGCUGCCGAAGAGUCCGAGGCGGAUGACCUGGACGUAGGCGACCCGGACGGCACCGAUGGCGGGGAUGACUUAAUGAACGACCUUCGCAGUGGUGGAGUGGACGUUCCUGCCACGAUGACAUUUAAAGAUUUCGCUCGUACGGACGACAACGUUGUUUCGUGCGCGGAGCCCACAGACGACGAAAUUCUUCGCCAGGUUGUCCAGCAGCCGGAGAGCGGCUCGGAUGAUGACGACGAUGACCGCCCGCAGCCGUCGGCGGCGGAGAUCGCCAACGCGGUGACGCUAUUGUCGAGCGUUUACGGUGAAGAUGUCACCUUGGCGCAAAUACAGACAAACCUAAUUGCCUCCAAGCGUACUAUGAGGCAAGGCAGCAUCAAGGACUUUUUUAAGCCUGCCUGA